AAAAAAAGAAGGGUCGAGUCCUCAACUCUCUCUCUCUCUCUAUCUAUCUCUCAACUUGUCGCCGAAGAAGAAGAAGAAACAGGUGAUCAUCAAUGGCGGCUAGGUUGCUUGCUAUGAGACGCGCUUUGUCUCUCUUCAGUAACCAGCAACAUCGAAUUCCUCUUUCUCAAGUCUCAACAGAGCAGUUGUCGCUAUCAAACUCACUCUUCAGUAGGAACAGUGCAUAUGGAAGAUUACUACAGAGACAAUUCUGUGUAACCCGUGGGGCUAACGAAGCUUCAGUAACCAAUGUUUGCAACUCCUCAAACUCUGCUACUGAGUCGGCCAAAGUUCCGACAGCCUCUGAGGACCUGAUGGUGAAGUACAAGUCUCAGUUGAAGAUAAACCCGAGGCAUGACUUCAUGAUGGUCUUUACUUGCAAGGUCUGUGAAACAAGAUCUAUGAAGAUGGCGAGCCGAGAAUCUUAUGAGAAAGGUGUUGUGGUGGUACGAUGUGGAGGUUGUGAUAAUCUACAUUUGAUUGCAGACCGUCGUGGUUGGUUUGGGGAACCAGGAAGCGUGGAGGACUUUCUUGCUUCUCGUGGGGAAGAAUUCAAGAGAGGAUCGAUGGAUUCUCUUAACCUUACACCUGAAGAUUUAGCUGGAGGAAAGAUGUCCACCGAAUAGAGAGAGAGCUCUUCUUUUGCUUUUUGCUAAUUAAGUAUUAUAUUAUGGAAUGGACCUUUCAUAUUAUGUUCCAGUAUUGUUAUCUUUUCUGGUAGUUCACUGUUUGGUAUAUUCAAAUGCAGAAGACGUUAUCCAGUUAUGUGUUUGGAAUGUUUCAUAUAAAUUGAGAGUUUCUAUUAAUUUUUA